AUGUCUGGUGGCCAGAUCUCUACUGCUGCUUAUAGCGGCAGGGGGCUUCCCAGCCACAGCAGGUUGCAGAUGAAGGGCUUGUGGGAAGUGCGGUGGCUUCCACACCUGCAGCCUCGUCCCUACCUGCUGGAAGGACCUGAUCCUGCUCCGCACGGACAGCAGCGGCGUUGGGGGGCGCAGAACGAGGGAGAAAGGGGGUGUACUGGAGGGUGUGCGAAAGACUAUUCAUGGCUCCGUGAGUCCGGAGAGGAGCUGAUGAGCAGUAUCAUCGCUUGGCUUCAGCAGCAUGCUCGCAGUCGGAGAGGCUGGCUUGCAUUACAAAGCCUGCUUUCGUUGCCUGCCCGCCUUCGUUGCCCGCCUGCCUGCCGUCCGCGGGAGGAGACGGAGUCGGGGCCGGAGCGGGAGGGGGCGGGCCCGCCGCGCUAUGCAGAUGAGCGGCGUCCAGUGCAAAGCCAUGUCUAUCCUCAUGGUUACCAUUACCAGCCCCGGGGCUCGCUGGCUCUGUCUCUGCGCGGCGUAACGGGAGCGUCGGCAGCUGCGCCCAGGAGGAGUGAGCUGGCCAGGUCUUUCGUCGGGAAUCUGCGGUCUCAGCCCUUACCCGGCUCUGCAGCUUUUCACGCUUCAGGCGGCGGCAAGGCUUCAAUCAGCCCGCUCCGUUAUCCACAGACCCCGAACGGGUUCCCUCCUGACAUGGGCUCCCCUUACGACGCCCAUACGACGGGGAUGACCGGAGCCAUCAGCUACCACCCGUACGGCAGCCCUGCCUACCCCUACCAGCUCAACGACCCUGCGUACAGGAAAAACGCCACCCGCGACGCCACGGCCACGCUGAAAGCCUGGCUGCAGGAACACCGCAAGAACCCCUACCCCACCAAGGGUGAAAAGAUCAUGCUGGCCAUCAUCACCAAGAUGACCCUCACUCAGGUCUCCACCUGGUUCGCCAACGCACGCCGGCGGCUCAAGAAGGAAAACAAGAUGACCUGGGCCCCGCGGAACAAGAGCGAGGAUGAGGACGACGAUGAAGGUGAUGGGCCGAGGAAUAAGGAGGAGAGUCCCGAGAAGAUGCCCGAGAGCAACGAAACCUCCGCGGAGGACGAAGGUAGGCGCGGGGUGACCCUGCAAGUCGACUCCCUGAGACACUCCUGCUCGCGGAUUCCGACGCGAGAAGCUGCAUGGCAGCGGAGACCCCUCUGCGAGUCGGGCUCGAGGCAGGACAAGUACAGAGGCUCGAGGAAGAAGGAAGAGGAUGAAGAUGAGGAGACUGAAGGAGGACAUCGAGAGGAUGACGGCGGCGGAGGGAGAGCGGCCACGGCAAGGCCCGCCACCUCCUCGCCGCUGGGCGUGGAGGCCCCCUCCUCGGUCCACCCACGCCGACGCGCCCGCAGCGCCAGCAAAGGCGCUGGGCCCCGCGCCUCCCGCGGCCCCCCGACGCCGGCCAGCAAGCCCAAGCUCUGGUCGCUGGCCGAAAUCGCCACCUCGGACCUCAAGAGUCAGACCCUGGGCCAAGGCUGCCAGCCUGGCCCGCUCUCCUCGGCCACCCCCGCCUCCGUCCCGCACAGCGCUGCCUACUCCCCCUCCUCCCUCCUGGGGAGGCAUAUUUAUUACACCUCACCUUUUUAUAGCAAUUAUACAAACUAUGGGAACUUUAAUGCUCUCCAGAGCCAGGGAAUCCUGAGAUACAACUCCGCGGCAGUGGCUUCAAACGAGGGACUAAGUCAGACUGUCCUAAACGCCAGCUCUGUCCACAAACAGAGCAGUGACUCUUUGAAAACGAUCACUAACCAGCUAGAGCAACAUUACAGGCCCUCUAGCUAUGACUCUAAGAAAGAUCCCACUGAAGUCUGCACAGUAGGAGUACAACCAUACCUAUAGAAGUGCAAUCACACAGCAAUGCAAGUAGGUGUCACAAUUGCUUUGAAAAAAGUCAGCAAGCCAUCAUCUCUCCCCGAGCUAAUAUAUAUAACAAAUCUCUAAAUCCGGAUCACAUCUGGUGCCACUGUAUAAAAGAAGACCACAGAGCACUAUUAAAUCUUCAGAAUCUAAUUAUUGAACCAGAAUUUUGUUGGACAUAUGUAAGUUUGCUGGUAUAGUAUAGUUUCCCCAAUGUAUGUGUGACUUUUGAAAACAGAUCUGUUUUUCUCAGGAUAUCUUGAAUUGAUCACUUCAUUGCCACGGUAUCUAUUCGAUAGGUGUGCUAGGAUUUAUUGUAAAAUUAUUUGUAAAAGAUGUAUACAGUAGAGAUAAUAAAGAUGUGAUUGGAGAACUUGAGUCCUUACAAAGUGGAAACAAAUUUGAUAUUUAUUUUUGUAAUGAUAUAAAGCUUCUAGUAAUUUAUGCAAGUUGUAUUGCAAUGGAAUCUGAACUUUUUGUAAAUAAAUUUUGCCCCGUUUUUAUUUGAAACAUUGAUGGUUAUACAAUCUUUGGUUGUUUAACAAGAAUUCUUUACUAAUUUAUAUCUCUAAUUGUAAAU